CGGCCGCUCCCGCUGCAGCUGCUCGCCGGGUUCGCCGUGCCCUGCCCGCGCGGCCCCGGCUGUUCUCAUCCCGGCCGCCGCCCGGGCCGCUGCUGGUGACCACUCGCCGCUCCGCCGGAGGCUUCACCCGCGCCCUCCCUCAGGACGCGCCCGCGGAGCUCCGGCCCCUGCGCCCCGCUCGCGGAGACCGCGCCGCGCGCCGGGCGGCGGCGAGGCCGGAAGAUGGCCUGGGUGCUCAAGAUGGACGAGGUGAUAGAGUCCGGGCUGGUGCACGACUUCGACGCCAGCCUCUCGGGCAUCGGGCAGGAGCUGGGCGCCGGCGCCUACAGCAUGAGCGAUGUCUUGGCAUUGCCCAUUUUCAAGCAGGAAGAUUCUAGCCUUCCGCUGGAUGACGAGACCAAACACCCCCCCUUCCAGUAUGUGAUGUGUGCCGCGACAUCGCCCGCCGUGAAGCUGCACGACGAGACGCUCACGUACUUGAACCAAGGUCAGUCUUACGAAAUCCGAAUGCUGGAUAAUCGGAAAAUGGGAGAUGUGCCUGAGAUCACUGGAAAACUGGUAAAGAGCAUCAUUAGAGUUGUAUUCCAUGACCGACGACUCCAGUAUACAGAGCAUCAGCAGCUUGAAGGUUGGAAGUGGAAUCGCCCGGGAGACAGACUCCUCGACUUAGAUAUUCCAAUGUCCGUGGGAAUAAUUGACACCAGGACAAAUCCAAGCCAGUUAAAUGCAGUUGAAUUUCUGUGGGAUCCUGCAAAACGCACAUCUGCUUUCAUUCAGGUACACUGCAUCAGCACCGAAUUCACUCCCCGGAAGCACGGAGGUGAGAAGGGAGUGCCCUUUAGGAUCCAGGUUGACACCUUCAAGCAGAAUGAAAAUGGAGAAUACACAGAUCACCUACACUCAGCUAGCUGCCAAAUCAAAGUUUUUAAGCCAAAAGGUGCAGAUAGGAAACAAAAAACGGACCGGGAGAAGAUGGAGAAGCGAGCCGCGCACGAGAAGGAGAAGUACCAGCCGUCCUACGACACCACGGUCCUCACGGAGAUGAGGCUUGAGCCUAUAAUUGAAGAUGCAGUUGAACAUGAGCAGAAAAAGUCCAGCAAGCGGACUUUGCCAGCAGACUACGGUGAUUCUCUGGCAAAGCGAGGCAGUUGCUCUCCGUGGCCCGAUACCCCCACAGCCUACGUGAACAACAGCCCGUCCGCGGCCCCCGCCUUCACGUCCCCGCCGCAGAGCGCCUGCAGCGUCCCGGACAGCAAUUCUUCUUCCCCAAAUCAUCAGGGAGAUGGAAUUCCACAGGCCUCUAGUGAACAACUUCAGCCUUCAGCCACGAUCCAGGAAACACAGCAGUGGCUGCUCAAAAACAGAUUCUCUUCCUACACGAGACUAUUCUCCAACUUUUUAGGUGCCGACUUGUUAAAACUGACCAAGGAGGACCUAGUACAAAUCUGUGGUGCAGCUGAUGGGAUUCGGCUCUAUAACUCACUGAAGUCGAGGUCGGUGCGGCCCCGCCUGACCCUCUACGUCUGCCGCGAGCAGCCGGCGCCGCAGGGGCAGCAGCAGGCGGCGGGCGGGGGCGACAGCGGCAGCGCCGCGCCCUUCGUUUAUCAUGCAAUCUACUUGGAAGAAAUGGUUGCCUCAGAAGUUGCUCGAAAACUUGCGCUGGUGUUUAAUAUUCCUUUCCACCAAAUUAACCAGGUUUACAGACAGGGUCCCACUGGUAUUCACAUUCUUGUUAGCGAUCAGAUGGUUCAGAACUUUCAAGAUGAGAGUUGUUUUUUAUUCUCCACAGUAAAAGCUGAAAAUGGUGGUGGCGUCCACAUCAUUUUGAAGUGACGUCCUCCGUAGUCUGAACUCUAUUCAGCACCAAAUAAAAGUCACGCUUAAAAGUGUGUGAAGACUGAAUCCAAGAAGUCUUGGGAUUGGAUUUUACCGUAUGAAAUGUUUCAUAUUGAAAACACAGGAUGACCUUCCUAAUGAGCUGGACGAGAGGCGCCCCUGCUCCGCGGCCCCGCGCAGCUAGGCCGCCUGCCUCUCUGCCGGAGAGGCCAGCACACAGGUCCAGAGCAGCCUUUGCUGUCUUUUACACUGUAUGCGGUUUGGAGAUGAAUGUACUGUGGGCAUUGACAUUUCUGGGCCAGUGUGGUGUCUGUGGCCUGGACCUUAUGCUGACCUGGGAGGGGGGCCGGGCCGCCGCGGACACGGGCCGAUCGGUGGUCAGGGGAGAGGCGCGGCGCCUCCUCGGAAAAAUCAUGUCUAAGGGUGUGCGUCUGCCAUGAUCAUGCCGGAUCGGGAGGAUCCAAGCCAGGAAGACGGGCUUGAAGCAAACUGCAUUAUCAAGAGUACCUUGGUGAGAGGAUCAGUGUAAAUCCUAAUAGGUACAAAGACUUUUGUGUUUUUGCUUUGUCACAGAUUUAUUGAAAAACUUUUUGCUUCUGCUUCCAUUUUUAGCAUUUGUUUCUGGUUUUCAUUUUUGAAUCCCCAAUGCCUUUUAAACUCAUGUGGUUUUCUUUCUCCUUUUUCUCUGUCUCCAACCACUUAGCAACCGCCUUCCCUGACCCCCUUCCUGUUCAACAUUUUUUAAAAGCCCUGUUCCAGACAUUGGAAAUACACCCAAGCAGGAGAAAACAGUGUGAUAGUUUGUAACUUCGUGUUAAGGGGUCUUCAUUAUCAGGAGUUGAAAUUAUUCUUGGAACACUAGACAUCACAAACACUAUCUUGCACCAUCAAAAUUCCUUACUUCUCAAAUAUGGAGCUUUAGUACAAUCAUGGGUAACAUUCUAGUGAUUAUUUAGGGACUUUUUAUACACCACAUAAUAGCUUCUUUUUCUAUGAAAAGAGUGCCUCUUUCACAAAACCAAAUGCUUGUCGGCCAGUAUACUUUUCAAAGGGAAUCACUGUUUUUUGCUAUUUUUUCUACUAUCUCUCUUUUCCCUUCACCCAAAGCCUUCCCAAAAUUCGUCAGCAAGCAUUUGAGGCCUGUGGUGUACUAGACACAAUUAAAAAAACAAACCACUUCGAUUGCAUUUUAAUUAUACCAUCUCUAUUUACCCAGUGUCUUGGUUUUGAAUGUUUUAUUUGAUGCUUGAGUUUGAAAUCUUUCCCAAAAGACAAAACUACUCCAGUGGGUAAAAGCUUUGUAUUUUGUUUUAUUCAUAAAGGGGGUUAUUUGAUAUUUUUAAGAAAGUACUGUCUUUAAAUACUCCAUCUUUGGCCUGAAAAUAAAUAUCCCUUACUUGUAUAGACCCCAAGCUGGAGAGCUUUCCUUCUGUCAUUUCCCCUUUGCUUUCGCUACGACCACAUGUUUUCUGUACCAAUCACUUGGGAAAGAAGUGAGCUCUCUCCAUUGUUUUAGAGUUUUGCUUGUCUAUUUAGCAUUCCUUUUUGAGUCUCAAGAUUUAUGGAACAAUAAAUGUCAUUUAAUGCUGUGUGCUAUUUUGAAUUCAUCAGGUUUUUACAAGUGGGGUUAAAAAAAAAAAAAAGCUCGUCAAACUUGAAAUUACACCAAGCAGCAAUGAACAGGAGUCUGUCCCAGUGGAACAGGUUAAAUUACGGCACCAGCAAAUUUGCUACUUGUUUUUUUAAUAGUAGGAUGUACACAUUUCAGUAUAAUAAAUGUUUUCCGAUUGUUUUUGCAAA